CUUUAACUUCUGCAAGUCAUUGAACAACUGGGUUUUCUUGCAUUUAAAUUCAAUUUUAAUUUCCCUUUCGUUUAUGGAUUCUUCUCAAGCAUUUCUCAUUUGGGUAUUUGUCACAUUCAAAGAUCUUUGGGGUUUUGGUUGCUGCUUCAUGGUUGAAAAUCUCUGGAUUUUGGUGAAGGGUUGAUUAAAAAGGAAAUUAAUUUGUUGGAAGUUGUUAUACAUCUGCCGAAGGAUUGUAUUUGUAGGUGACUGAAAAUAACUGAUUGGAAUAGUGAAUUAACAAUACAAGGCUUCUGCAUCACUCACUCCUAGAUUGUUGUUACCAUGUACUCAUCCGAAAAAUCAUAUUCUUUAUAAUGUUUGGUAUGCUUAAGGUCAUCUUGGUGUCCUUAGCUUAGUUUCUGCAGUAAAGAAUUAGCUAUUCUUGCUUAUGAAUAGGUGAAGCAUCUCUUUCUGUUUAAUGGAAAAUGUGUCGUUGGACUCUUCAUGCACAUCUUUGUCAAUCUAUACAGGGCGUUUUCGCCUCACAGAGCUUGUUAGUGGAGCCGAAAAAAAAGUUGUGAGCUGUGUGCUAUUAAUAUAUUGCAUACAUCCUGAUGCUUCUACUUCGAGAUUGAAGAUGAAAAAACUUUUCUUUCCUUAUUCUUCGUCAAAUGGAGGUCAACAACACGAGAAGUCUCCAACGAAAAAAGAGAGGAAACAGUCUCCACAAACGCGAUGGAAGACAGUAGGCUUGGGAAAGUCGGAGAAAACGUUUCACAGUAAUGAGCAGCUUAUUCCUGCUUGUGAAAAGAAAGUUACAGAGAAAAAGACCAUAUUGAGGACAAGGAGUUUAGUUUAUAGGAGGAGCCAAAGUUUUCAAGUUUCAUCAGCAGCAGACAAUGGUGGUAGGGUUGAUGAAAAAGACCGAACUAGACUGAGGGGUAGUAAAAAUGGGCCGUCAAGCCAUAGCCGAUGUGAUUGUCGUAAUUUUGAUUUAGCUACUAUUCAACUACCUCAUGCAGAAGUCUUACGUGACCAUUUUUGCUCCUGUCCAUCCAACUCAAGCUCACCUCAAAGUUCCUUCGGUUCCACCUCCGUUUCAGGCAAAGUGCUAGAUCUCUAUGUCGAUGGUGAACAUCGUAAAGAAAUGAAGCUAGGAAUCAGUGAUCGUUAUCCAAGAGGAGCAAACGAGGGUAAUUAUAUCAUAUGCCCUUCCGAUGAUGCAUCUAGAGAUCACUCUUUGAAAUUUGAAAAUGAAAUUGAAUCUCCAAGGAAGCUAGCAAAGAAUGUCAUUGACAGGCUUCUUAGGAUAGAACACUUUUAUGACUCUAAAAAAGACGGGGAUGAUAUCCUCGACAAGCAUUUAGAUGGGAAAAGUAGUACUCCUAAAGCCAAUAUCUCAACGGAAGAAUCCCCUCUUGAAGAUAUCCUCGACAAGCAUUUGGAUGGUAAAAUUUCGACUGAGGAACAGACAGAUUUAACGUUAAAGCGGAAAUUGGAGGAAGUAAAAGAGAGGUCAAGGCUUCUCUCUGUACAGCUUGCUGAAGGAAGAUUUUUGCAGUACAUCGGUGAUCGAUCAACUUUAUGCCAGGCUGUUAGAAACCUAAUUGAAGAGAAAAGAAACUUGGUAGUUGAAGUCUAUGAACAAUUAACGAGUCGAAUUACUGAACGGGUUGCUGCUAAAGAAAUCGAGUCAUUGUUGAAGCGAGAAAUGAACUCUACAAUAUUGAAACUAGAGAAAGAAAAGGAGGAGGUACAAUCCCGAUUGCAGAACGAGCUAGAUAGAAGAUCCGAUGAGUGGGAAAUCAAGCUUAGAGAGUUUCAGUCGGAAGAUAAUCGAUUACGAGAUAGAGUAAAGGAUCUUGCAGAACAAAAUGUGUGUCUUCAAAGAGAAAUCUCAGGUUUCUACAACAAGGAAGAUGAAUACACUAAUAAACUAUCAAAUCUCGAGGUUCUUGUUGAAGAUUUAACGGCCAAAAUGGAUAUAACUAAGUUAGAAAAUGAGGCUCUGCAAAAAAAGCUGUCUGAUAUUCAAGAUAAGCUGAAACUCGCUGAAGACAUUCAAUCGACAAUGGAAAGAAAGCGUAAAGAAAAGGAAACGGAAUAUAUGGAGUUGAUCAAAGUAGUGGCGAAGCUUCGAGGAACUUGUACAGAACAAGAACGAACCAUUGAUGGAUUAAGGCAUUCCUUAAAUUCCGAGAAUUUAACAAACAAAUUGCAAAUAGAGCAACUUCGGUUGACAGGAGUUGAACAAGAUUUGAGGAAACAACUCGAGAGUUAUUCGGUUGAAACGAAUUCUCUUCGAAGUGAGAAUAUAUAUUUGUUGGAGCGUUUGAGGAGUGUCGGAGAAGUAAGUGGGUCCUUGGGUUUUAAACUUGAUAGGGAGCUCGAAGCUCGCGUUAAGUGCUUGCAGAACGCAGGCGUAUCGCUUCUGAACGAGUGUAUUCAAAUGUGUGAAAAUUUGCUUGGGAUUGUUGAAAGAAAAACAACUCCUGAAAGUUUUAUAGACACACAUUCUCUUGUUCAGUAUGGGAUGAAGAUUCAGGGAUUUAAGAAGGGUCUAGAGCAGCUGACAAUAAGUAUAGGGAAAACUAGUUCAAUCUUAAAGGAGAAAGCAGAGCUUAAUUCUGAAGGCACCAACAAAAAGGUUCAGAAGGAUGAUAUGGGAUCUGAGCUUCAGGCGGAGAGACUACUGACAAGCAUUCUUAAGGAGAAACUUUAUUCUAAGGAGAAGGAAGUCGAACAUAUUCAAGCCGAACUAGCGAGAGCCCUAAGGAGUGAUGAUGUUCUUAAGAAAGAGAUCCAAAAUGCAGCUGAUACUGUUUCUUGUGUGAAUCAUAAGAUGAAGAAUCUCGAGCUUCAGAUGAUCAAAAAAGAUGGAACUAUAAUUGAGCUUCAAGGCGACAUACGGUUGUACGAUGAAGAGCUCACGAAAACUCUAGGAGUUUUAUCUAAAGUAACACAAGAAAGAGAUUUAAUGUGGCAAGAAGUGAAGGAAUACAGUGAGAAAAACAUGUUGCUGAACCGCGAAGUCGAGUCACUUAAGAAAAAGAUAGAAGCUUUGGAAGAAGAUACACUCUUUAAGGAUGGUCAUAUCUCCAUCUUGAAAGAGAGCCUUAACAAAGCUAAAUCUUACGAUAUUUUGUUCGACUCCGAACAAGCAAACGAGUUUUGAGCUUUAAUGGAUGAGUACGCAUUGGUUUAUUUUGAAUUGCGGAGCAAACAUUUGCGAGCUAAGUUAACUGAUACUCCCUCAGUCCCUCCGAAUUACAAAUAUUAGCAUACUUUAUAAUUUAUGUUAUAUGUCGUGAGUGAUACAGGAAGUGACCAACUAUUAUAGGACGAAGGGAGCAUAAUUUAUCGUAUGUCCGAGAAUAAUAGGAUCGGAGUGACGCGAUUGGCUAUGAGUGUUAAUGGUGUAUGUGUGAUUUAGCGUGCAUAUAUUCAUGUACUAAGAGAUAAGUGCAACAUUAUUAUUUGUUUGUACUCCUUGUCAAAUUUAGUUUUGGCUUUUGCCGAAAAUUGAAAUGAAUAAGCAAAAAAUUAUAAAAAAUUCAAAUUAUUUUUCAAGAUAAGUAGUUCUAUCCAGAGCUAAGGUUUGGAAUGUUCACACUUAGUAACAGCGAACAAAGGCAGAAAAGUAAAGAGUCUAUUCGUUGUUACUAACAGCGAACAAAGCUAAAACCCGGUAGCUUUGACCUUGUUUGACCAGGUUUAAUUUGUUCGCUGUUACUAACAGUGAACAGAUCCUUGACUUUUUUUUUCACUUUUGUUGGUUGUUUUUGCUCAAAAUAGCUGUUGUAACUUUGAAAUAUAGCCGUUGUAGCCUUGAAAUAUAGUCGUUGAGUGAAGAUCUAUAAUUACAUCACCCUUGUUAAUUUUAUUCUAUCUAUCCUAUUGCUUUUGAAGUUAAGU